CAAACAACAGAGAUUUAUUUCUCACACUUCCAGAGACCGGGAUGUUCAAGAUCAGGGUGCCAGCUGGUCAGGUUCUGGUGAGGUCCCUCUUCUGGGUUGCAAACUGCAGACUUCUUGCUGUGUCCUCAGUGGUAUAAGGAGGAGGGGCCUCUGUGGCCUCUAAUCAUAUGCAUGAGGGCUCCAACCUGAUGACCUAAUCACUCCCCAAAGACCCCACGUCCUAACAUUAUCACACUGGUUAUUAGGUUUCAACAUAGGAAUCUGGGGAAGACACAAACAUUCAAAUCAUAGCGAUGACCAGAUGGCCCCAGCUCCUGGGAAGAUGUCUUCAAGAGCAGAGUCAAAGCUCUGUUUCAGCUCUCCCUUGACUCUUUGGCCAGGUACCCUCAUGCAAAUUAUAACCUGUACAAACCUGUAACCCCAGAGAGAUAUAAGUAUAGGGAUAAUGGAGACAUUAAUUUCAAUCUAUGGUAACAAUACUUUAUAAGCACUCCAAGUGUCAUAAAUUUGUCAUUAUUGUGAAAAUUUGUGCAUAUUUUGCUUUUUAACACAAAUUUUAGAUUUUUAUUUAAACUCUUCAGAGUACAUUAUAAAAUAAGUUUUGUAAUCAAUGCUGAAAUGUUAGGAAAAUUUUUACUUGCUAAACAAAAACAUUUUGAUUUCCUGGUUGUUUUAUGUUUAGAAGACUAUUAUUUUAUAAAUUUGAAAGAUUAAUAAUUUGAGCAUUAAGCAAAACAGAAGGCCGGGUGCGGUGGCUCACGCCUAUAAUCCCAACACUUUGGGAAGCUGAGGCGGGCGAGUCACCUGAGGUCAGGAGUUUGAGACCAGCCUGGCCAACAUGGUGAAACCCCAUCUCUACUAAAAAUACAAAAAUUGGCCAGGCAUGGUGGCAUGCACCUGUAAUCCCAGCUACUCAGGAGGCUGGGGCAGGAGAAUCACUUGAACCUGGGAGGUGGAGGUUGCAGUGAGCCGAGCCAAGAUCACACUACUACACUCCAGCCUGGGCAACACAGUGAGACACCGUCUAAAAAAAAAAAAGCAAAAUAGAAGUUUGAUUAAGUGUUCCUCUUUUCACACAGGUGUCCCUCACACCUUAGACAUUACAGAUCUAAGCAAUAGGCUGGGUGAGGUGGCUCACGCCUGUAAUCCCAGCACUUUGGAAGGCCGAGGAGGGCGGAUCACGAGGGCGGAUCACGAGGUCAGGAGAUCAAGACCAUCCUGGCCAACAAGGUGAAACCCCGUCUCUACUAAAAAAUACAGAAAUUAGCUGGGCGUGGCGGGUGCCUGUAAUCCCAGCUACUAGGGAGGCUGAGGCAGGAGAAUCUCUUGAACCAGGGAGACGGAGGUUGCUGUAAGCCGAGAUGGUGCCACUGCACUGCAGCCUGGCCACAGAGUGACACGCCGUCUCAAAAAAAAAAAAAAAUUAAAACUUUUGACUUGCAGUACCUGGACUGGAGAUCAAAUUCUGAUGUUAACUUACCGUUUGAUCUUUGACAAGUCCUUUAGCCUUUCUAAGCCUGUUUCCCCAGCUGUAAAAUGGGAAUAAAAUACAGUACUGUCCCUCUACAAAGAAGCUGAGGCAAAAUCAGGCCAAGCUUGAGGACUGCAACCCAGGACCAUAGAUUCAAGCUGCCCUGAAUAUACACUCGGAUUAGCAAGUUACAAGUAGGUUUUUAAAGGAAAAGAGGCAGCUCCUAAAUUGUUUACCAAUUUAUAUUAAAAUAUCGUGGGCUCUUGACUAGCUAUACAUUGUUCUUUGUAUCUUAAAUUUCAGAAACUUAAAGAUAAUGCGUAGGCGGCUAAUCAGGAACAAAAUGCCUUUAAACAAUUGCCCCAGGCAUUAGUAGUGAAAGGAAGAGAAUGACAGCCUGCCUACUUCGCAGAGCUGAGGUCUGAUCUAUUUUUCUUAGUACCUAUUCGUAAGGGUUGUUGUGAGGUUAAAGUGAGACAAUCUAUGUAAAGAACAGUUCCUGGAACAUAAAUGCUUGAUAAAUUAUGGCCACAAUUCUUUUUUGUGGUUGAGCAGUGCGGGGAGAUCACGAAAAAUUUCUAUUCACGCGCAGCUAACAAAAUACUCUAUGUUGCAGAGCUGUUUCACUUUCUCCCUUUGAGAUGCAAGCCGGCUUGCCGCCUCCUCAAGUAACCAGGCACAAUGUUGCGAUCCCAAAGUCUCACAAUCCUUCAAGUAUGAAAUCAGUAAAAACUCCAACUUCCAUUUAUGGAUUUACGGAGAACUUUUUAUACAUCGAGGGGCUAAUUCAAUCAGUAAGUCACUUUGAUUUUUACUCUGAUCACCGAGACUAAUAAGCAGCGAUGCCGAACCAAGUAAAUGAAAGAAUCGUGAGCCAUACUUCAGUAGAUAAAAUUUAAAUGUAGACUGAUUUUCUUCACGAUUGCUAGGGAAGAAAUCCUUACAGCGUACUUAGAAAUCUUUGUUUUAAAAUGAUAACGCUGUUAUGUUGGGCUGAAAAUAAAACGGAUACUUCCCCAAGGUCAGCAGCGGAGGAGGCAACCGUGGCCUUGCCAAAGUCGUCCCCUCGUCCCAGCCCCCGUUCUUCCUGCCGCCCUCCCCCUGCCCCCUCCCUUCCCCACCCCCAUCAACAAACUCCGCCGGGACAUUUCAGUACCACCACUCCCUAGCCGGGCGAAGCGCGGGGGCGUGCUGGGGAGGGGUAAAGAGGGUGGGGCGGAAACCCAAUUUCAUUGUUCGCGGGACCGAUUCUUCCCAAAAGAGCUCGCUGGCAGCGCCUGCGCAGUGCGCGCUCUUUGUGCCAGGCUGCAGCAAGCUGGUUGUUUGUGUGUGUCUACCCGAAGCGGCGGAGGCGGAGCGAGGGGGCGUGGCCUGCCUUGUCGCACUCUAAUUGGGCUUUCGCAGGAAAGUGGGCGGACGCGGGGCGGAGCUUCCGAUAACAACACUCGGAGCUGGGGCUGUGGCUAUUUGUUGCUGCGCCGCCACCGCCCGAGUCAUGUUCCGCGAUCUUCUCUGGCUCUCCUAGCAGCAUCCAUCGCCGCCACCCUAUCUUCACUGGCUUCACCUUCUCCUCCUCUCUUCGUUGCUGAGCGACAAGCUUCCUAGCGCUAUGACUGUCGUCUCCGUCCCGCAGCGGGAGCCGCUCGUCCUGGGUGGCCGCCUUGCGCCGCUUGGCUUUUCCUCCCGAGGUUACUUCGGGGCCCUCCCGAUGGUGACCACGGCUCCGCCUCCUUUACCCCGGAUCCCGGACCCCCGGGCACUGCCCCCGACCCUCUUCCUCCCUCAUUUCCUAGGGGGAGAUGGCCCGUGUCUGACCCCCCAGCCUCGCGCUCCAGCAGCUCUGCCCAACCGCAGCCUCGCCGUGGCGGGAGGCACUCCUCGGGCAGCGCCGAAGAAGCGGCGAAAGAAGAAGGUGCGGGCCAGCCCCGCAGGGCAGCUGCCCAGCCGCUUCCACCAGUACCAGCAGCACCGGCCGAGUCUGGAGGGCGGCCGGAGCCCCGCGACCGGCCCGAGCGGAGCGCAGGAGGUCCCGGGCCCGGCCGCCGCCUUGGCCCCGAGUCCUGCAGCCGCAGCCGGCACGGAGGGAGCCAGCCCCGACCUUGCCCCGCUGCGGCCCGCGGCUCCGGGCCAAACCCCGCUCAGGAAAGAGGUUUUAAAAUCAAAGAUGGGAAAAUCGGAGAAAAUUGUCCUUCCCCAUGGCCAGCUUGUUCAUGGUAUACACUUGUAUGAGCAACCAAAGAUAAACAGACAGAAAAGCAAAUAUAACUUGCCACUAACCAAGAUCACCUCUGCAAAAAGAAAUGAAAACAGCUUUUGGCAGGAUUCUGUUUCAUCUGACAGAAUUCAGAAGCAGGAAAAAAAGCCUUUUAAAAAUACCGAGAACAUUAAAAAUUCGCAUUUGAAGAAAUCAGCAUUUCUAACUGAAGUGAGCCAAAAGGAAAAUUAUGCUGGGGCAAAGUUUAGUGAUCCACCUUCUCCUAGUGUUCUUCCAAAGCCUCCUAGUCACUGGAUGGGAAGCACUGUUGAAAAUUCCAACCAAAACAGGGAGCUGAUGGCAGUACACUUAAAAACGCUCCUCAAAGUUCAAACUUAGAUUUCAGAUUUCAGUAUGUGUGUAAAACAUAAUUUUUCCCAUAUCCCUGGACUCUUGAGAAAAUUGGUACAGAAAUGGAAAUUUGCCUUGUUGCAAAAUACAAUUGGAAAAGAUGAGUUUAAAAAAUUACAUACAAACAGCUUGUAUUAUAUUUUAUAUUUUGUAAAUACUGUAUACCAUGUAUUAUGUGUAUAUUGUUCAUACUUGAGAGGUAUAUUAUAGUUUUGUUAUGAAAGUAUGUAUUUUGCCCUGCCCACAUUGCAGGUGUUUUGUAUAUAUACAAUGGAUAAAUUUUAAGUGUGUGCUAAGGCACAUGGAAGACCGAUUUUAUUUGCACAAGGUACUGAGAUUUUUUUCAAGAAACAGCUGUCAAAUCUCAAGGUGAAGAUCUAAAUGUGAACAGUUUACUAAUGCACUACUGAAGUUUAAAUCUGUGGCACAAUCAAUGUAAGCAUGGGGUUUGUUUCUCUAAAUUGAUUUCUAAUCUGAAAUUACUGAACAACUCCUAUUCCCAUUUUUGCUAAACUCAAUUUCUGGUUUUGGUAUAUAUCCAUUCCAGCUUAAUGCCUCUAAUUUUAAUGCCAACAAAAUUGGUUGUAAUCAAAUUUUAAAAUAAUAAUAAUUUGGCCCCCCCUUUUAAAA